AUGGAGGUUGAUGAAAGACCAUCGGAGCAGUACUCCGAUAUUGGAGGUUGUGACAAGCAAAUCCAAGAACUCAUCGAGGCUGUAGUACCGCCAAUGACACACAAGGACUGCUUUGUCAACCUCGGUUUCCAUCCACCAAAGGGAGUUUUGCUGUAUGGACCACCAGGUGCCAAGCGUUUCGAUUCUGAAAAAGCGGGUGACCGUGAAGUGCAACGUACUAUGCUUGAACUACUCAAUCGACUCGAUGGUUUCCAACCGAAUGACGAGAUCAAGCAUGUCCGGCAAUGGAGACAAGCUCAAUCUAAAGAAGCAGGGAAAAAAGCAAGCUAUGAUUGUUUUGGUGAUCCUACAACCGCCAAGUGA